AUGUUAAAUUUAAUUUGUUUCUAUUUCAAUUGGGAAAUAAUUUCCGAAUGCUAUCUCAAAUCAAUUGAGAAAUUCAUUUAACCUCUUCAUCAUCAUGAAAAAAACCCAGAAUAAAAACUGUUUCAGAUUAUUGACUCCACUUUUCAAACAAUUAGAUCUUAAUCUCUAGUGUACCAAGACAUAUUGGAGACAGAUAAAGAAGUAAAAUUGACAUUAAUUUCUAAUCCUUAAAAUACCUUAUCCGCUGGAGCACUAUUUGUUUCUGAGGAGUAAGUUUGCAUCAAUUGUUAACCAAUCGAACCUUCAAAUGAUAUAAAAGAUAAGAAGUGA